AUGAGCACAACGAUAGUGUCCACAAGUGUAACCGAGACAGGGCAUAUUCCCUUGACAACGACCUUUACGCCUCCGGAUUCAUGCGUCAGUGAUUUGUGGCUCGGCAGUACCAGCGGAAAGACAUGGAUGAACCUGGGACCCAUAAGCCACGCUGAAUGCCUUCCAUCCGGCUGGGCAAAAACGAGUUAUUAUUCCCCUGGGAUAUGCCCCUCGGGCUAUGGGAUUGCUGCCAGUGGCACAGUGAUUGAUGGAACAAUUACCGAAACCGCGGCAACAUGCUGUCCAACACUCGACGGCCACACAUAUGUGACCCGACCGGCAAAGUCAUCAACCGUCUCUGAGUCGAUAGACUGCCUAUGGAGCCCAGGUCCCGAUGUCACCACCGAAUUCACAUACACCUGGACCGAAGGCGACGCUACAUCGAGCUCAAGUACUGCUUUGAGCCUCGAUGAACACGUCAACGCAUAUGGCGUCUAUAUCAGAUGGCAGUCGACCGAUUCCAGCACUCCUGCAUCGAAUACCGCCACUACCACCACCGGCGCCACAGCCGCCGCCACAACCAGCGCGGCUGCUAUAUCCCCGACCACCCCAGACCCGCCGGGCUCGUCAGGCUCGUCGGGCUCAUCAGGAUCAUCGGGCUCGUCGGGACUCUCAACGGGUGCCAAAGCAGGUGUUGGCGUCGGAGUCGCAGCGGGAGCAAUUCUUUUGAUAGCACUCCUAGCGCUCUUCUUGAUACGACGCCGACGGGCGAAGAACCAGGUUCCCCCGCCAAUCGAGAUGCCGACAGGAUAUUCACAGACUGCUCCACAACGGUUCGUGGAGCUGCCUGCAGACACAGAGAUGCCGGAGUUGGACUCGGACAACUUGAGGAAAUAUGAGAACCGCUAA